AUGGCGGUGAUGCCAUCUUCAGCUUCUAACAACGCAACUCCGCCGGGCAGUGGCUCUUCUGGUUACCAAUUGGUCCAUCAGGAUGAGAACCGCGAUGCCGGUAAUGCUCCGGAUUUCGAUAAGGAGGAAGCUCCCAUCUACAGACCUCGGGAGGAUAGGCGGUUUCGCAAUGCAACCUACAUUCUGACAGCAUGUCUCGUGAUUCUUCUCGGAUAUACCAUAUACUCUUCGCUUCCGCAUAGCUUCCGGGGCUCCCCCCACUGCCCUUGCUUGCCAUCAAAGGUUCCCCAGUACUUCCAGACCUAUCCUGAACUAUGGGCUGGGCCAACGGCCACAGGAGAAGCUGCCUUCAUGGCUCAGACGAGAGUGGUUAAUCCUACCGCCACCUAUGUCCCUAACGAGCCUCUCCAGACCUCCAUCCCCAUUGAGGGCAUGCAGCAGGGAAAUGAUAGCAUUUUCAAGAUGAUGGGCUAUCUUUCACCUUACUCUCCUUCUCCAGGCUUUGGAGUCAACGAGUAUCCGCUCCCUGAAGGCGCAGAGAUUGUCCAGGUUCAGAUGCUGUCUCGCCACGGGUCCCGGUAUCCAACAAUGGGAUCCCAGGUUGCCAAGCUUGGUGAGCGUCUCGCUGAUGCUGCCGGCACCUUUAAGCCCAAGGGAGCCCUCUCUUUUCUCAAACAUUGGAAAUACCAACUUGGCCACGAGAUACUUGUUCCCAAGGGCCGACAGGAGCUCUAUGAUUCAGGAGUCCUGCAUAGUUACAUGUAUGGCAAAUUGUACAACCCGUUGAGCAAGAUCAUUGUCCGAACAACUACCCAGGAUCGGAUGUUGAAGUCUGCUGAAAAUUGGCUCGCCGGCUUCUUUGGCCUUGAAUGGCCAAACAAUGCCACCAUUGAGGUCAUCAUUGAAGAUGGGAACAAGAAUAAUUCGCUGGCCGGAGCUCUCAAUUGUCCCAACUCGUGGCCCAAGGGCACCGGCAACGAGGCGACCGGGACCUGGACUGUGAAAUACCUAGAGAAAGCUGCGAGGAGAUUUCAAGAUAUGACCGAGGGCUUCGAAUGGACAGUCUCGGACGUCUAUGCCGCUCAAACCAUGUGCCCCUAUGAAACAGUGGCAUAUGGCUAUAGUAGAUUCUGUGAACUUUUCACCUAUGAAGAGUGGGAGAACUUUGGCUACUCCAUUGAUUUGUUCUUUGCAGGAAUAUGCGGCUUCCACAGCCCUACAGCAAGGGCUGUUGGCCUUGGUUACCAACAGGAAGUCAUGGCACGACUCAAGAACCAUACUUUGGGUUACUCUGGAUCUCAGAUCAAUGUCACACUGGACAGCAACCCUGAGACAUUCCCAUUAAACCAGAGUCUGUACUUUGAUUUCUCACACGACACCAACAUCGUCGCGGUUCUGACGGCAUUUGGGCUCCGCCAGUUUGCCGAAGAGCUGCCACCAACCCACAACCCCAGGGAUCACACGUUCAAGGUCUCCCAUGUCACCCCCUUCGGCGCCCGGCUCGAUAUCGAGGUCAUCAAGGCCCCCAAGCCCGUCUCCCCGAAUCGUGACGGUUUCUUAAGCGGCGGCGAGACAAAGUACAUUCAUUUCGUCCUCAACCAGCGCACACUGCCACUGGGACUCAGCUUCCCAGAGUGCGACGCCUCCCGCAAGGACGGCUGGUGCGAGUUCGACACCUUCCUCAAAGUCCAGGACACCAUGGCAGAGAGGGCACGGUUCGACUACGCCUGCUUUGGCGAGUAUCCAAAGGUCCCGUACCAGGACGUCACCGAUGGCGCACCCAUUUCCUAG